GUGACAGGCUCGCGGCGGCCGCCGCCGCCCUUUCUCUCUCUCCCCUCCGCCAGCGCGCCGGGCAGCACGACCAUGAGGCCGCGGAGAAUUCAGGAUGGGAAGAGAUGCGAGGGAAACAGACGUCGGUGGUGUUGGAAAAAAGGAUAAAACCGGGGAAGAAAUGCAGCAGCGUUAACUGCGAGAAGUGGAUGCGGGUUCUUGAUGAGGAUUUGUACUCCGAAAACUUUUUUUAAUUGAUAAAUAUUAAGAGUUUCCGAGCAACAUCUUGCAAUAUGCAUUUAGUUCCCUUAUUGGCAAAUAUCUUAAAUGUAAGUAAUAGUAAGUCCGCCAUUUUGGAUUGUUUCACGUAGCAGGAUGAAAUCUUACGUGCCAGUGUUUCCUUGAGGUCCUUUCUAUGGGUUUGUUUUUAUAUGUAGGUUUUAAGCUGUCGUGUAAUAUUACUGUUCACAGACGUAAUUUCUCCCGGAAAUAUUUUUAUGGUUAGAAUUGUAAACGCAAGAGAAAAUACAUCGUGUUCUCUUAUUAUUGUAGGGAUUUUUUUUUUUUUGUCAAAAAUAUUGUAGUAGUGAGGUGGCAGUGACAUCUAUCUAGUAUUAUAAUGAUGUAAAACAUUUUACAAUAUUUCUGGAAAACUAAAAAUAAUUUUUUCUUCACCUAUCACAAAAUUAUGAUGUUUUAUUUUUGUGUGUUUAACAUUUAGCUGACCACUAAUGAAAAAUGGCCUUUUAAAACAAAUGUUAAAGUCUAACAGUAAAUUAAUAAAAUAAAUAGUAAAUAAAAUGUCACGAUCUUAUCAGAUAGAUCUUUAAAGUAAACCUUUAGCAAUCCAAGUCCUUGGAAAUGUGUCAAUUUUGUAAUUUUAAUAAAUGUAAAUUGGUGAGAUGACAUCUUUCUCCUCAGUAUUUGAGAUUUGAUAGAACUGAAUUAGACUGUACGUUAAUUCAUUUCAAAAGAAUAUGAUAUAACAAUUUCCAUUUAAAUUAGUAAUAAGUUCCUAGUUCAUGUUGAGAGUUCUCAGAGAAAUAUUUUUAUUAAAUAAUAAUGUUUAUUUCUCUUUAUGUAUAUGAACUACUGAAGUGUAAAUGUACCUGGUUUCUUAAAGACCUCGAGGAAUUAAACUGCCACAGGCUUUUAACAAGGGAAGGAAGAUUUUCAUGAGUGAAGAUUUUUAGAGUUUCCUGAUUUACAAGUAGGAUCAGCUGAUUUGUUUCUUGAUAAUAAAAUAUCUUAAGUGUUUAAGGAAUUUCAUAUAUUUAGUGCAGAUUGCUAAUAUGAAUGAACUGUUUAUGAAUACUUUGCAAUAGAUUUAGGACCAGUGAUCUGAUGAUUAUAUGACCCUUUUACCCUUUUCAAAUAAUAAGAGUGUAUUUUAAUAUAUGUUCUGUAACCAAACUUCUUUGAGAAAGAAUGAAAAAUUUGUUGUGAAAUUAAACUUGAGGUAAAUACAAAAUACUCUGAACCAGAGUCAUUGUAAAUAAAGCACAUUGAGAUCCAAAACACCUAUGCUUAGUUUUCAGGAUGACUUAUUUUAAAGGGCGUUGCACAUGUAACUUCCCAAACCCACUAAACUUUGAGUAAAGCCGUGGAUAAAAGUUUAGUUUUUGUAUUGACUCUGAUGAAAGAAGAGGUAGGUGGGUCUUGUCUUACCUGUUUGAAACUUUAAUCUUUAUUGGUAUCUGAUCUGGUCACGUUUGGAUUUCAUAACAGAUUGCUAUACUACUUUAAAAUUCAUUAAUAGAAGAGAAAAUCCACUCCUAAACAAAAGGUAUAUUCAUGGCAUUCUAUAGGUGCAGGGACUGGUAUCUUCAAAAUAGUUGGAGUGAUACCACAUUUUCCCAAGCUCUGAUCAGGAGAUGACUUAUAUACAUCUUAGUUCAUAGUUGAUUAAGAUAAAAAUAGAAAUAUGGAGAUGAGUCAACUUAGAGGUCAUUAUUAAAGCUCCUUAUCGUGAAAGGAACAUUAAAGUAUUUCAGUAGGUAAAGGGUUAUUUGGUCUAUUUUAGAAUUUUCUUUUGUCUUAAAAUUACCAAAAGGUUAAAGAUGUUGUAUUUAAAGGCUUUAGAACCAAUACUUGCUUUUCUUGUCCUUUAAAGGUAAUGCAUUUUCUUUAUAAACAAUCACUGUUUUUGAUAAAUUACAAGGUAAGCAAACAUUUCUUGCUGCCAAGCAGAACAAUGAGAAUUCUUUAUAUAUAGAUAUAUAAAAUUGAUUUACUCAUCCAUAUCUAGAAAUGUGAUUUAUAGGGUUAUAUUGGUUUGAAAACUUACCAUGCAUAUGCUUAAUGGUAUUGUGCUGAACCUCUGACAGGGUGAGUCUAUGAAGUCGCUGACCACAGUGCUGAACCAAGACAGCCAUAUUGUUCCCUAGUCAAUCUACCUGAAAACUGUACACAGAAAUUGUGUGGCGGUUCAAGGAGAAAUUUGUAUAUUUGUGUUAUAUAUUUUUUUCAUUUAAUGAAUUUUUACCCAAUUGGACUGUAAAUCAGAAGAUAUGAUAAAGACAAUUUAUUCCCAAGGUAUAUUAAUUUACUGUUCUGCAUUGGUUUUGAAUAAUAGUAUAAAAUAAGUAGGAUCAGUGCUAGAGAUUUUCUCAUUUUCUGAAAGCUGUCACUUCCUGACAACAAAACUUUAAAACUAGUUUAGCCAACCAAUGAAUUUAACCCCCAAACUGUGAUUUUAGUUGAUGGUAGUGCAAGGCUGUACAUCAGUUUUUAUUUGCGAGUUUGAUUGAGGUUUAUAUUUUGGCACCAUAAAAAUCAGUAUCAUAAUGUGUGGUUAUCAAAUACCAAACUAAAAACUAUAUGUGAAAUAAGUCCUAUUUAGAAGUAACAAUAUGAACAAUUUCCAAAAGAAUAUAAAUUUUGAGAUUGUCUUGAUCUAGCACUUCAGGGAAGUUUAUGUUGUUAGAGGCAAGACAGACAUCAGAGUUUAAGUGGUCACAGUGAUUGAUAAUGCUGGAGUUCUACGUUGUGAGACAGGAGGAAGGAUGUGAGAAACUGUCAAGAUUACCUGAAGAGGAUUGUGUAAUGAACAAAUUCAUUAUUGCAGCAAGAAAAGUACUAUUUUAAGCAUAGAACUUUGACAUUAUUUUCUAAAAAUAGAAUGAAUUGAUAUGCAGGAUCAAAUUAAGGGUCAAAGGUGACAAACCAAGACAAAGGGCAUAUGGCUCAUUUUCAAGCAUUCAGCUUCUAGGUUUUCUUCUUCUUCUUCUUCUUCUUCUUCUUCUUCUUCUUCUUCUUCUUCUUCUUCUUCUUCUUCUUCUUCUUCUUCUUCUUCCAUGUUUGAACAAAAGCUUAAUUAUAUAGAAAAAAGACCUGGUGUUGAAUGGCUAGUUCCAAUGAUGGAAGAACAUGUUUCAGAUUGUUCAGAUAUUUCCACCCAGUGUUGCAUUUGCAUAUUUAUGAAUGUCAGAGUUACAAUGCUACUUUUUUUUUGUUUUUCAGAUAAUCUAUGCAGUAGUUAUCAAAUUUUUCAAAAACAUUUCAAUUACAAUAUUUUGAACUACAUACGAAGGAUAUGUUUUGGCAGACUAAAAAUUUUAGAAAUCAGGGGGCUGGCGAGAUGGCUCAGUGGGUUCUUCAGAAGAUGAUGAGGUCAUUCAACCAGGGUUCAUCAGCCCCAGGCGGGGCAAGCAAAGGUGAAGAGCCAGAAAAACUGCCCGGGCUGGCAGAGGACGAACCCCAGGUUCUGCAUGGCACUGGCCACUGUAAAUGGUUCAACGUGCGCAUGGGAUUCGGAUUCAUCUCCAUGAUAAGUCGAGAGGGAAAUCCCUUGGAUAUUCCAGUGGAUGUAUUUGUACACCAAAGCAAACUAUUCAUGGAAGGAUUUAGAAGCUUGAAAGAAGGAGAGCCAGUGGAAUUUACAUUUAAAAAAUCCCCCAAAGGCCUUGAGUCAAUACGGGUAACAGGCCCAGGUGGGAGCCCCUGCUUAGGAAGUGAAAGAAGACCUAAAGGGAAGACCCUGCAAAAGAGAAAGCCAAAGGGAGAUAGGUGGAGACGGCAGGAUUUACUGAUGGAUCAGAUGUGGACUGUGCGAGAAGAAGAGUCCAGGAUGAUUCCAAGAUGCUACAACUGUGGUGGUCUCGACCAUCAUGCUAAAGAAUGCAGUCUACCUCCUCAGCCAAAGAAGUGCCAUUACUGUCAGAGCAUCAUGCACAUGGUGGCCAACUGCCCACACAAGCUUGCCGCUCAGCUGCCCGCCAGUUCUCAGGGAAGACAGGAGGCAGAAUCCCAGCCAUGCAGCUCUGCGGCACCAAGAGAAGUGGGAGGGGGGCAUGGCUGCACAGUACUGUUUCCUCAGGAGGUGAAGUCAGAAAUGGCAGAGCACUCAGACAGGUCACCCCAAGAAGUUUCUUCCACGAAAGCGUUUGCAGCAAUAGGAGAGCAAAACAAAAAGGGGCCUUUGAUUCAGAAACGGAAAAAGACUUAGUACUUGUCAGUGUUCCCUUCACCCGGGCGGGAAGUCUACCUCAUGCAAGCACAGGGGAAUAGUGGUCCACAGAGAGCAGCCGGCCGGGAUGUUAACUACUGCUGAGGAACUGGGAAGUUCUUAAUUAGACAAAUCACUCUUAAGCAAACUACAUUUAAGCAGGGUGUCAUGUUUUAUAGAAUUGAGAUACUACAUAUAGUAUGUGCAUAAGUGAGAGGGGAGACUUGAAUCUGUAUGUAUGUGUGAGGAUUUCACAUAAGAGUACAGGCACACACACACAUAUAUAUAUACACUUUUAUAUAUCUGUGGUUGUCUUUGUGUGUGUGUGUGUGUGUAUGUGUGUGUGUGUGUGUGUGUAUGUAGAUAAAAGCACAUACUCUUCCUCAGAUAAUUGGGCAUCUCUAAGCAUUGAAAAUCCAUGUGAAGCAUUUGAGAUGGUUUCAUAGUUAACCCUUGGAAUUUUUUCUAAAUACUACUUCUUUUAUAUUAUGUAAAAAAUGACCACGUGACUGUUACCUUUCAUGUGAACCAAAGCAUACUUCAGAUCUCAGAGCUGCCAGUCAAAUGGUACUAAAGGCUUUUGGGAUACUUGGUGCCUCCCAAGUCUGUAUUCAUAACUCUAUCUUGAUGCUGAUAGAGUGUUUUGCUGUUGCUGUUAUCUGUCUUCUCCUGUUUGAAGGUAGUAACUUAACUCUAGAUGCCUCCGACUGCCAUAAGCUUUUAAUCCUUGGAUACGUAGCUCCAGAAAAGACAAUGAAUGUGAACUUCCUGUGCUGAUAUUUCAGUGUCUUUUAUUCUGUUUGAUUGUAAAUUACAUGGCUAUUAAGAAAAAUGAAGGGGAGGGUAAUGUAUAUAGUAACAUGGUCCUUUUCAGUGGUAUUUUGAUGCUAGGUCUUUUACAAGGGUUCUGAGGUUUUUAAGGGAUGGUGGCAACAGAAGCCUCCUUUGACUAAGUAGCUUUUGAACCAUCACUUAGAUCAGGAAGGUCUCUUACUUACUACUGAAGCCUUAGAGAAAAUUUUAAUUAUUUGGGUAUAUUUUUGGUAGCUGUUUUUAUUUCCCCUGGAGAGUCCUCAGACCUGUUUAUAAAACAAACAAAAGCAGCAUAGAAAUAAAAUAGUGGGGCUUAGAAUGAAAAUUAAGUUGCCCAAUAGAUACAGCCCAUGAUUGAUACUAAAAAGAAUAGUGUUUGAUGGCCAGCAGAGUGAAUGAGUGGAGCAGAGUUACCAAAGUGCCCACUGUUCUGUGGCUAGAAAUACUUUAUAUGAUAAUAUUGAUGCCAUGGCAGGUUCCUUGAGUAUAGAAGCGGAAGUAUGGUGUGUGAUAGAUUCAGGAUGAGCACUCAGAUCAAGUUAUAGGAUCUUCUCAGAUGGAUUCUCAGUUUGCUAAGAUUGGCUAGGAACUGAUUGUAGUAUUGGGCUGUUUUCCAUCAUGUUUUGUUUUCUUUUGUUUUUUGAAUGGAGUUAGCCUGGUUCUAAAUGUCAUGAGCAAACUUUUGAAACAUCUUCAAGAAGGUACCAAGGGAUUGCAGUGCAUAAUUUUGGCUGUAACUAUAUGGGCCUGUUGGUAUAAGCUCAGAUAAUCAAACAAGAAAGCAUCGUGACUCAUGAGACACAUUCUACGGAGGAGUCGCUUCCUCCUGUGUGUCUUGUCAUGGGAGUUGGGUGGUGCUAAGGUUUCAUCAAGCCACUAGAAGAAGAAAGUGUCUCCGACUAGCUUACCAGUCUUUUCCAGAGUAGCUUGAAUUGCUUGACAGUAUUUAUGAGAGUUCCUAUAGUGUUUUACCGAAGUGUCAGUGUGCUGUAAUACAGAGCUUACCUUUGACGAUAUUGAAUGUGAUGUAGCCAUAGAGAAGUGCUGCCUUGCCUUACGUGAGGAUUUCAAGCUUAUUUAAAUUAUGUAGACAAAUCAAAGGUCAUCCAAGUAUAAUGAGCAAGGUAACAGUUGUACAAGCAAAAUAUGAUAGGUCACUCUGAACGCUCAAACCAAAGUUCCUUGACUAUCAAAAUAGGAAAUAAUGGACUUGAAAACUGGACAUUCUGUUUACAUUUAAAAUUUAAGAGCUGAGGUCAUUUUAACAAAUGAAAGUAGAAAAUUCAGAAACACUUGAAUAUAGACCUUAUGGGUGCAGUCAACUUCUUUUCAGCAUCUAACCAGACCGACUUACUAAAAGCACAUACCAAACCUAUCUUAUGGUUAAAAGUUUAUUUUUUAUAUGAAAAUAGUGUCACUAUUACAUGCUCAGGACAAAGAACUUUGCUCAGGGAACAUACCAUAUAAUGUUUUUAUUGUUUUUUUUUGUUUUGUUUUGUUUUGUUUUGUUUUUUUACAGACUAAUGUAUAAUCCUGCUUUCUCAGAGCAAGCCAAAUAAAUUAAGUCUUUAUGUACGUACAUAUACUUGUUAGUAACUACCUCUGAGUUUGACAUUGAUCAUAAUUCUGAAUAUCAGAUAUUGGUCCUCCCUUUUUAAAUUUCAUGUCAAAGUCUUGUAAAGCGGAAUUCCACUACCUGCAGAUGUGAACUCACUGAUAUGAGCACUUGCUCAUUCACACAAGUGAAAAUUCUGUUUACAGCACAUGGCUACCUCCCAGCUACCACAGAGCACACCUUGAUGCUGCUGCAGCCUGCAGGUUGCUGAUAAUUCUCUGGUACAGACGCUUUUAAUCUGUAGCACAGAUAGGCAUUUGCAACUGCAUGUUUCUGAAAAACGCCUGUUUUUCUCAUAGAUUUCUCAUGUUAAGUAGCAAAAUCUCCAAGCAUUUCCUUAGAGUUAUCAUGUAUUAAAUGUAAGGAAGUAUGGACACUCUAAUUUAUCCUAGGCCAAACAGAACACAGAAACAAUCUUGAAAAUAGCUCUGUUACCUAGAGGUGAGGGGCAGCAGAGAUAACAAAAGGAAACUUGGUGUUUGUAUUUUGCUGACAAGUGUUAUAAAAGAUUCCUACCGCUUCACUUGUAUCUCUACAGUACUGAAGGCAAAGCAUACUGCAGCAUUCCAAGCCUCAGGCACACAACUAACUAGCACCAGCUUGCCAUGGGGGAACUUAAAGUGCAGUGUUGCCUUGAGCCAGAGGGGAACGGGGUCUGUGGAGCACCACUUUGCAGGGGUUCCUCAUAGUGCGGUGUGGUUUGAGCCAUCUUUUGACCUCCCCCUUACAGCAACACAAAUGUAACUCCUAAAAAACGAUUCACUACCAGCCUUUAGCCUGCGAACUAUUCGUUCUCUACACAGCAGGACACAGUGGACACAUUUUUAUACUUGCAUUUCUAAUCUUUGGAUGUAUUUUUACAAAUGAAAGACUUAGGAAGAUUUUUAUCUGCUUAUCACCUGGAAAUUUUAGUGUGCAAUCUAAAGAAAAAGAUAAAGACAUCACAUUAUUAGCAUCAGUCCACCUCCCAAAUAUAGGAUGUUUUAUUGCCAAUUAUUUUUGUAUUCUGGCUGAGCUUUAUUUUGCACCAGGGCAGGCCUAACUUGCCGCUGGUUGUAUGUAGUUUGUGAAUAGAAGCCCAUAAGUGUUAAUAGACCUUGUAACAUUCGCUGUAAGAUGAAUUAUACAGGAUGUGGGGAAUCUCAGUAAGUCUUAAAGUUAAUUUAAAGUAAUUUAUCUGUUUUCUCUAAGAAAUGUUUAUCAUAAAAUAUAUAUGUAACUUCCCAUUUUGGUAUAAAAUCUAGGGAAGUGUGUGCAAGUGGAGUUGUGCUGACUUUGAAUUUCUAGAUGUCUUAAUGAGAUUUAUUUGUUUUAGAAAAAGAACAACUUGUUGAAAGCACCCAGUUCUGUCUUACAUACUGUCAACAGCCUCUUCAAGUUGUGCCUGUGUGAUCUGUGACCUCCUGUUCCUUUAAAGUGAGACAGUGACCUAUGACUCAUUGUUGACCUUAUACUUGGAACAGAACUACGGCAUUUACGGUGGAGUCCUGUACGACGAGAAAGUGUCAGGAUAUGCAACGCACCUGUGGCUUACCCCUUGACGGCCCAGCUUGGAAAUGAUGGCACCGACUACCUCUUCAAUCACUUGUGGCUAUCAACCACAGGCACUUAGCACCAGGCUGGCUUUAAUUAGUGUGUGUUGUUUUUGUGGUGGUAACAACUCUAUCCAUAUGAAGACCAAAGUGAACCCUGGUUUCUAUAUGUCUUUAAUGCAGUGUUGUAUCUAGUAUUUGGAAAUUAUCUCAUUCAGUGUUUAGAUUACCUCACUCCAUUUUGAUUCAUGUUGUUUACAAGUGAACAUUUUUUUAAAGAUACACUUGAAAUUGCGUUAGAAAGAACAAAGGAGGAGUUGCUAUUAGACUGGCACAGUGCAUUCCACAGACUUGGUGGACUGCUCUCUGCAGACAUGGGCCUAGGACUGUCUUUGUACCGAAUGUCUUACUCUGUUGGCUAUUGAUGUUUAAAAUUUCAUGAUAGAAAAUAAAAGACACAAUGUUGGUGUUUAAGAUGGGUUUGGA